AUGUCAAAGAGCUGCGUGAUCUGUGGAGGCGAUGAGAGUCAGGGCGAGCUACUCAUUGACGCACCAUGUGGCCACCACUCGGUGUGCGUGGGCGAUAUUCCGAGCUUCUUCGAGCGCGCCACGGAAAACGAGAGCUUAUUUCCACCAAAGUGCUGUGGCCAGAUACUCAUGCUACAAGACUACGAAGACUACGUUCCUUUCGAGAUUGCAUGGGCGUAUCAGGCCAAGGAGCAGGGCGAGUACGCAAUCCUGGCAAAGUUCCGCGUCUAUUGCGCCAGCCCACAUUGUGCAAAGUUUCUACACCCUACAACACACUUUAAGCACCCUGAUACGAGGGUUACUUACGCCAUCUGCGAGAGCGAAGACUGCGGCAAGUUGACGUGUUGUUCCUGCAAGACGCUGCUUGAUCAGAGCACCCAGAAUCACACGUGCCAGCAAGAUGAGGACGAGAAGAAGUUCAAGGAGAUUGCAGCCGAGAAAGGCUACCAGGAGUGCUUUGUCUGUGGCGCAACUGUCGAGUUAGCAGAAGCUUGUAAUCACAUCUCAUGCGAAUGUGGACAUGACUUCUGCUAUGUCUGUGGCAACGACUGGGAUGGCCUCCAUGGGUGUCCCCACUACGGCCCUGCAAUCUACGACGAAGAGGGCUAUAAUCAAGAUGGCUUCCACCGCACCACUGGUCUGAACCGCGAAGGCUUGAAUCGCCGCCAGGAUAUCGCUCGCGCGCGGGGCGACGGAGACCCCGACUUGGAGGGUGGUGAGGAGGAUGAGGAAGAGGAUUGGGACGUGCUGCAGCACUUGACACUUGAGCAGCGGAUGACAAUCAAUGUACUCGAUGGCGAAGAGCGGGAAGAUGCUCUGGACCAGCACCGAAUCGAGCUUAUGGAGACUCAGGGUAUAAUGUUUCAUCAGGGCCAGCCCCCGCAAGACGAUGAGCAGGAUGUUAAUGACGAAGAGGCUGCGCAGGGUGAAGCUGAAGGCGAAGAUCAUCACGACGAGGAAUCAGACACUGAUACUAAUACUGAUACUGAUACUGAUACUGACUCGGGGCCUGAGGGUGAAGAGGAUAUUCAAGAAGAGCAGCCCUUUGUUCCCCUGUAA